AUCUCGAACAAGUCGUUUGUGCGGUCGGUGGCGACAUUGCACCGGAUCACGGACGAUGAGAUCAUCGAGUUCGCUGGGUUGGACGCGUACGUGUUCUUGGGCUUCUUCAAGAUGUCGAUAAAGAUUCUGUCGAUCUGCUGGCUGUUUGCCACGCUCCUCAUCUCGCCGAUCAGGUUCUACUUCACCGGCCAGUACGACCAGGGCGAUGGGGACGCGGGCGGGCCAGGCAGCCCGGCGAAGGACCCCGACGGAACGGUCGAGUCGUGGUACCGCACGUACCUCCUGAUCUACGUCGUGUUCACGUACCUCUUCACAUACGUGACGUGCCACUACCUCGUCCAGCACGCAAGGACCGUCAUCGAGAAGCGGCAGGAGAUCCUCGGCAAGCAGAACUCGAUCACGGACAGAACAAUCCGACUGUCGGGGAUCCCGCCCGAGAUGCGGACAGAGCGGAUCUUGAAAGAGGUGAUCGAGAACUUGCACAUCGGCAGGGUGGAGAAGAUUGUGAUAUGCAAGGAGUGGAAGAAGCUAGAUUCUCUCUUUGACCGCAGGGCCCGUGUCGUCAAAAACCUAGAGUUCUACUGGUCAAACUACUUCGACGCCGGCAACUUGACGAGCAGUGACACGAGCAACCAGGACAGCAUACGUCUCGAGUCCACGCGCUACCGUGACCUCGUUCCAGAAGACUCCAACAACCCGUUCAACGACAGCCAAAACAUGGAAGACGGGAACAUGAGCGCCUCCCAGGCUACGCUGAACAGCACACUCAGCAGCGCCACCUCAACCCUCUCCUUGAAAACCCGUCCCAGCGUGAAGUUGGGCUUCAUGGGCAUAUUUGGAAAGAAAGUCGAUGCAAUAGACCAUUAUACGAACCAGCUUUCGAUCAUCGACGAGGAGAUCAAGAAUGCAAGGAAAUACCACUAUGCGGCAACCCCAACCGCCUUUGUCACGAUGGACUCCGUGGCAACAGCGCAGACCCUAGCUCAGGCUGUUUUGGAUCCGAGAAUUGGCUACUUGAUUUCAAGCCCAGCCCCGGCCCCCGCCGACAUCAUAUGGGAAAACGCCACUUUGCCCAGCCAUUCCAGAAAGUUGAAAAUAUACUACAUAACAGUCAUAACAGGCAUCUUGGGUGUUAUCUUCAUUUUUCCUGUUGGUUAUCUUGCUACUUUACUUAACAUGAAAUCGAUCAAAAAAUUUUGGCCUGAUUUGGCGGGCUUCCUUCUGAAGCACCAAUGGGCAUCCAAAAUCGUUAUCGACUUAUUACCGGUUUAUUUGUACACGCUGUUGAAUGGAGUGAUUCCGUUUUUGUAUGUCUGGCUAUCGUCGAAGCAAGGAUUCAUUUCUCAUGGCGAGGAAGAGCUUUCUGUGGUCUCCAAAAACUUCUUCUACGUGUUUGUCAAUCUUUUUCUUGUCUUCACAAUGGCAGGAACUGCAUCCAACUACUGGGGUUACUUGUCAGACUCGAAAAAACUAGCUUUGCAAUUAGCUCAAUCUUUACGAGGACUUUCUUCCUUUUACGUGGAUACAAUAGUUCUUCAGGGGGUAGGAUUGAUGCCUUUUAAACUUUUGCCUAUUGGUAGAAUAUUCCAGUUUAUUUUCUUCUGGCUAACGCACAACAACUUCAAACCUUCCAACUCAUUGUUUUGGAGGGGGAAUCCAACUGCACGUGAACUGACUUAUCUUUUCCAGCCGCCAUCUUUCAACUUCGGGCUACAACUACCCCACCCUCUUCUGACUCUCGUGAUCACCCUAAUCUACUCUGUUAUUUCAACAAAGAUUGUAAGCGCAGGAUUGAUAUAUUUCAUUAUAGGGUAUUACGUUUAUAAAUUCAACUUGGUCUACACCUAUAUUCAUCCUCAACAUUCAACAGGUAAAGUCAUGCCUAUCAUAUUCCGUAGAGUUAUACUGGGAUUGUUGCUAUUCCAAUUGACUGUUGCUGGAUCCUUAGUUUUAGAAAAGUCUUGGGUCUUGGCAAUGUGUUUGGCUCCAUUACCGCUGAUAACUUUGAUGAUAUUAUGGUACUUUCAGGAUAAAUUACAGCCGUUGAGUGUUUUCAUUGCUUUAAGAGCAAUAGAAAUUGAUGAUACCAACGACUCCAACAUUGAAACAGGUGCCAGACACGAUUUUCAUAGUGCGAGACAACACAAUGGAUUCAGUAGAAGUCCAUUUCCCUCAAAAAAAAACAAAUCACCAACUACUAUUGAUGAGAGACGAGAGCAAAACCAGAGUUAUGAGUAUCCUCCGCUGGUCGGAAAUCUUGAGGGUCCAUGGAUCGGAAUCGAAAAAGGCGACGCAAGUUCAGCGACUGUUGACGAUACA